AUGAAGAAAAUUGGAAAAUUAAAACAGUGGGCCAAUGAAAAAGUGGGUGCUUCUCAAAAGACGCAGACCACAGAUGAAUUUCAAGAACUACAACAUAGAACUGAUGCUAGGCACAGUGGCGUGGCAUCCAUAGACGAGAAAACGAAAGCAUUACCUAUCGAAUCUUUAGGUAUUGCUAUGAGGGUUUAUGGUGAAGAGCUAGGCUCUGAUUCUUCUUACGGAACGGCUUUGGUCAAACUUGGUACUGCUAAUGAAAAGGUCGCAAGUUGUCAAUUAGAACAUGCAUCAAAAGUUCGUGAAGAAUUUCUUGAAAGUUUGGAUGCUUCUAUUGAAGAGUUAAAACAAUAUCAACAAAUGAAUAGAAAAUUGGAAUCUCGUAGACUCAAUUACGACGCAAAAUUAAAUAAAAUGCAAAAAUCAAAGAAAGAAAAACCGGAAUUAGAAGAAGAAAUGCGCGCUGCUAAAGAAAAAUACGAAAAUACCAAAGAAGAGCUUCAUAAAAAGAUGAUAACAAUAAACGAGUCCGAAGAUCAAUACAUACAAGAAUUAACUGUACUUUUAGAUUCACAGUUAGAAUAUUUUAAAAGCAGUUAUGAAAUUCUAUCAAACUUGAGAAAAGAUUGGGUUCAAAGUCGAACUUCGAAAAACAAUAAAAAUUCUAAUAAUUCUCAAUCAGAUGAGCAUGAUGAUCAAAAUUCUGGCAAUGAAAGUUCUCAUUCACAUUCAAGUUACAAUCGCUCCAGAGAACCUCGAUCAACUGCCAGGAAAGCUACAAAUUAUACAAGUAAAAAUUCUAAAAAAGAUAGUAAUAAUCUUAGUGUUCCAAAUGCAUCGACUCGUAACAAGUCAUCAGGAUCUUCUGUUAAAUCUUUUGAUUCGGAAGGCAAGCAGUCUCCUGCCCGAAGAACAAGUGGUUCCUUUACACCAAAAAAACAGGUAAAGGCUAUAUAUAGUUAUGAAGGUGAUGGUGAAGAUGAACUUGCGAUGGAGGAAGGUGAUAUUAUCACCGUUUUAGAAGAACACGAAGGUUGGUGGAUCGGAGAAAUUAUUGAUGACGAUCGUACUCGACGGCGUGGCAUGUUUCCUGCUAAUUAUACCGAGGAAUUACCUACGAAAUCAUCGCACAAUGAAUCAAAUGAGGAACCGCCACAGAAGAAACCUUCAUCACGCAAUAAGAGAAAGUUCAUCUAUAAAUUAAUCACCUGGUAG